UGGGCCCCCAGUGUCAGAGCGGACCCAAGCUAGCUAGGUCGCGGACCCCCACAGGGUGGGCCCGGUUCGGUCAGGUGGGCACGAGGUUUGGUGGCUAAUCUGCCCCCAUGGAAGGGCGAGGACCAUAUCGGAUCUACGACCCCGGUGGUGAGGGCAAGCAAGGAGAGGCAUCUGCAGCUUUUGAGCAUCUAGUGGAGGAGAAUUCCCGACUGAAGGAAAAAAUGCAAGGGAUAAAGACGUUAGGGGAACUGUUGGAAGAGUCCCAGAUGGAAGCAUCCAAGCUGCGUCAAAAGGUAGAGGAACUGGCCAAGGACAAUGAGCUUCUCCCACCAUCUCCUCCUUCAUCUUCCUUUGACCACCUAGCUGAGCUCACAGGAGGGAAUACAAACCUUGAAUUGCCUCCAGUCAGUCCAGCUGGCUCUAGGAAUGAGCAGGCGCCUACAGUUCAGAAGACUCCUUCCAGUGGUGCCUCAUCUGAGUUUGAAGUUGUCUCUCCAGAGGAACAUAAAUCACCAUCAGGUGGCAGAGGGAACAGUGAUAUGUUGGAUUUGACGCCCUUGCCUAAAGAGGACAGUAACUUGAUGUUACAUUUGCAGCGGUUAGAGAGCACCCUAAGUGUCUGUGCAGAAGAGCCUGACCAUACGCAGGUCUUCACCCACCUGGGCCGCAUGGCCCUAGAAUUCAAUCGGCUGGCUUCUAAAGUUCAUAAGAAUGAACAGAGGACUUCCAUCCUUCAGACACUGUGCGAACAGCUCCGAAAUGAGAAUGAGGCCCUUAAAGCCAAAUUGGAAAAGGAUUUGGAGCAGAGGGACCAGGCCACCGAGAAGCUUCGGGAAGAGAACCUAGAGCUAAAGAAGUUGGUUAUGAGCAGUAGUGGCAAAGAAGGAGCCACUGGGUUGCCAGGUGGAUUAAGAAUGGAGGUCUCAGGCCGGAAAUCGCUGGCAAGGCAGCAGCAGGCUGCUAUGAGCCCAGGUAAUAUUCCUGAGGCAGGAACAAUGGGAGCUACUGAGAAGAAAGUGAAGAUCCUUGAGCAGCAGCGGAGUGAGCUUCUGGAAGUGAACAAGCAGUGGGACCAGCAUUUUCGUUCCAUGAAGCAGCAGUAUGAACAGAAGAUCACAGAACUACGACAGAAAUUGGCCGAUUCCCAGAAGCAAGUGAGUGAGUUGGAGUCUGACCGAGAGCAGAAGCAGAGGGACUUUGACAGAAAGCUGCUCCUGGCCAAGUCCAAGAUUGAAAUGGAGGAGGCUGAUAAAGAAAGAUUAACAGCAGAAGGAAAGGAUCUGAGACAGAGGGCUAAGUAUCUCCAGGAUCAGCUGGCUCCCCUUACUCGACAGCGAGAAUACCAGGAGAAAGAGAUCCAGCGUCUGAACAAGGCCUUGGAGGAAGCCUUGAACAUUCAGGCUUCUCCACCCACUGCAUUUGGAAGUCCUGAAGGCCCCGGAGGGCUCCUGCAGAAACAAGAACUGCUGACCCAGAAUGAAUUAUUAAAACAACAAGUAAAGAUCUUUGAAGAGGACUUUCAGAGAGAACGGAGUGAUCGUGAACGAAUGAAUGAGGAAAAGGAAGAGCUGAAGAAGCAGUUGGAGAAGCUCCAGGCCCAGGUUACCCUGUCUAAUGCCCAGCUAAAGGCUUUCAAGGAGGAGGAGAAAGCCAGGGAAGCACUCAGGCAACAGAAACGUAAGAUGAAGGCCUCAGGAGAGAGAUACCACAUGGACCCUCUCCCAGAGCAUAUCUGUGGGGCCUAUCCCUUUGCAUGCCAACCAGUAACCCCACUCCUGCACCACCAUGGUUUUGAUGACUGGUCAGAAAUCCGAUAUCCACCACCCCCAAUGGCCACAGAACAUCCACCUCCAAUCCCCAACUCUCGCCUCUUUCAUCUGCCAGAAUAUGCUUGGCGCUCCCCAUGUGGUGUGAUGAGGAACCAGAGCUCCCAGGUUGAUGCUGCCUUGGUCCAGCCUUCAGAUCCUGAACCGACUGAUCAUGGAUUACCAAAGAACUAGAGGCCAAUCUAACCGUAUGACCAGAGCUGCUAUUGAAAAAAAAAAAUGGAUGGAUGGGGCUGUAGGAGCACAGGGGUGGGGUCUGGGCCUUGUGUCUGUGUCUUCACCUCACCUCCAACUUGGACCCUUCACAGAUAACUGGGUUUUCUGCUUGCUAUGAGCUCUUUGUUUUCCAGCAGGAGUGCCUCUGGAAGACUUUUGUUUCCCAUCUAGGCAAAGGAAAGAUUGGAUAAGAGAGGAACUGGGAUCUAGAUCUCAGAGAAAAGGAGAGAGGAGCCACAUGGCUUUGACACUCCACAAUUGGUCAGAAUCUUCCAGGUAACACAGUCAGGAGCUGUUGACUGUUUUUUUCCCUUCUCUGAUCCUCCUUCCUGAAUAGUCAUAUCUUCUCUUGGAAAUACUUCCAUUGUAGUAUGUGUUGGUCAGGGUAUAAAUUUUUAUUUUCAGACUCUAAAAGUCACUUCCUAGCAUCCACUUCAGAAAAAGAUGCUGUAGAGAGAACUGUAUUGUUUUAGGAGAAAAGUUGACAAGAUGUUAAUGUUUCUGGUUAAGACUAGCCCCAUUUUUGAACCUUAACUUUUCUCCCAGUUUUUUCCUCCAGCCAUACUGGCUAGAUACUUUGUAGGGUUUCCUGUGCCUCAAAUUGUGUGGCAAGAGUGUUUGGGUUCUUGGCUUGUGAUCACCCUGGUCUUUCCCUCAUUUGUUCCCAAAGUUUGAAAAUAGACUUGGGAAUAUGGCUCUAGGAGGAGAGCAAGGAAAAAGAGAACACAGUGAUGACAUGAACUGAAGAGUGAUUGGGUGGCUCAGGCCAGCUGUUAUGAUGAUUCUAAGACAGAAAACAAAGCUGAAGUUUUUACCCGGUUUUUCUUCAUGUCCUUUUUCUUACUUCAUGGAGGCCUCUAUGCUCUUCGACUUGCUAAGUCACUCCCUUGCCUGGCCACUUUUGUCACUUGGCUCUUUUUGCCAGAUUCCAUCUCUAUUUCUCCUUACUUUCCAAGGAUGAGCCUGGGGAUGGGCUUUCCCAUUCCCUUCACCUUUGGGAAGAUCCAAAAGGGGUUUUGUGGAGCCAGCCGUGGUCCCAUUGUCUGUUCCUUGAGACCCACCCCUCUCCCAUAGCCAUGCCCUCUGGCAGCUUUCCCUUCCUUAGGAAGUCUCACUUUUCCAGAUGAAUACUGUGGACUUAAGCAAGCAACACACCUCAGGGUCUCAGACUCUGGAAGUCAGCACAUGUGAAAAUGAAAAAAGCCCUUGGUUUCUCACCAGGGCAGUACAUUGUUAGGAUUUUCUUCUUUCAGAGUCAAGAUGUACCACUUGUUUGGCGCUUUGGGGCUGAAGGGCUAGCUAAGCACUCCCCUUGCACCCAUUGGCCAAUCUCCCACUGAUCGCUUCCGGAGGAG